GCCCAAUUGGGCUUGUCAAAUCUUUAUCUCUCCAUAGUUUUUUCUAGCUCAACUGUGGUAGUAAUUUCUAGCUCCAUUUUUUCUGAUCUCUAUUUUUUUUAAGAACUGAUUUAUGCGUUUCCGGUAAGAUGAAUUUCCGUUUCUCUGUUUUUCGUCUGAGAUUUAAAUCCGUACAAAAAAGGUGGGGAUUAUAAAUUUGUUCUUGAUGGAAUUCAAGAUGAAUGGACCUAGCAAAGGCAGUCUACCUGAGGAAUUGAUAAAGCUUCUAUCUUCAUUGGCUUCAAGUUGGGGGGAUGAUUUGGAUUUGAACAGUUUGAAGGUUGUCCAUUUGAGCGGAGCAAUGACUAAUCUGGUAUAUAGAAUAAGCUGGCCUACAAAGAUGGAAAAUGUUUCCAGGAAUGUUUUGGUUCGGGUCUAUGGUGAGGGAGUUGACCUUUUGUUUAGCAGGGAGGAUGAAAUUCGGGCUUUUGAGUACGUGUCGAAGCAAGGUUUUGGACCUCGCCUUCUCGGCCAGUUCCCUUGGGGACGUGUUGAAGAGUUUAUUGAUGUCAGGACACUUUCAGCCAGUGACCUCAGGGAUCCAGAUAUCUUUUCUUUAAUAGCAGUCAAAUUGAGAGAGUUUCAUAACAUUGGGAUGCCUUGUCCAAAGAAUGUUGUUCUUUGGGAUAGAUUGAGGGACUGGCUAGGCAAGGCCAAAGGUUUGUGUUCCCCAGAAGACAGAAAAGAAUUUAAGCUGGAUGACUGUGAGAAGGAAAUUGCCAUGUUAGAGGAGGAACUAUCAAGGAAUUCAUCAAUGAUCGGUUUCUGUCACAAUGACUUGCAAUAUGGAAAUAUGAUGUUUGACGAGCGGACAAGAUCCAUUACUAUUAUUGAUUAUGAGUAUUCGAGUUACAACCCAAUAGCUUAUGACUUUGCAAACCACUUCUGUGAAAUGGCAGCGGAUUAUCACACCGAAACUCCACAUGUUUUGGACUAUUCAAAAUACCCUGGUCCAGAGGAGCGUCAUAGAUUUAUACACUCUUAUCUUAGUUCCACAGGCCACCAAGUGAGCAACUCUGAAGUGAAACAGCUAGCUGAUGAUGCAGAAAGAUACACCCUUCCUAACCACUUGUUCUGGGGCUUAUGGGGAAUCAUCUCGGGAUAUGUGAACAGCAUUGAGUUUGAUUACAAGGAAUAUGCAGCACAAAGGUUUAAUCAAUAUUGGCUGAGGAAAUCCGACUUGAUCUCCAGUUGAAAACAAGGUGCUGUAGAUGCAAGAAGAAGAAGAUAGGUCCCCAUUAUCUGUUUUGCUUACCUUUUCCUUUGUUUAGAUUAGGAUUUACUCGAAAAGGAUUAAUAAAAUAAAUGUUUUGGAUUGUUUUUUAGAUUAUAUUCAUUGUUUCUUGACUUUGGAUUUGAAAGUAGCUUCAUGUUUUAGAGUACAUUCAUUGUUACAUUCAUUACAAGUAAUAAAUCAUUAUGGCAUGU